AUGUCAGACGAGCCACCCCGCCUUCAGUCGCACCCAAGAGCAGGUAACAAGCGCAUGGCGCAGGAACUGGACGACGCAGCUAGCAGCACCCGCAAGAGAAGGCCCGGACGACCGCGUACCGUGGACAGGGACGAGAACGACGUGCCCUUGUACCGGCAGACUAAAGGUAGGAAAGCUGGUCGGCCGCCCAAGAAGCAGCCGCGGGAGGAGGAGGAGGAGGAGGAGGAGGAGGAGGAGGAGGAGGAGGAGGAGGAGGAGGAGGAGGACGACGACGACGACGACGACGAGCGGCUCCCUGAUCCCCCAAACAUGCCACCAGAUUUCGAAACCUCGCCAUUCACACUACAGGAAAUCCUCUCUGGCCAACCCUGCAUGGAUCAGUACGAACUUCUCCGAGGCUUCUGGGUCGACGAGGCCCACUGGACCGAACUGGACGAGAAUCUGGCGCAGUCAACGAACAACAACUCAGCCCAACGUUCCCUCUGGCAGAUCAUGUGGCAGGUUUUCAGGGCCCCGCUCACCGAUCUCUUAGGUUCGGCCUGCGACUCGGAGGCUUCGGCAAAAUACCACCACGCCUACGUGACACUGCUUCAGACCGAGAAGCUGCGGGAGCUGGCCUUGCACCCCGUUUGGGAGGGCAGGAUCGACGUAUUCCGCUAUGUGCUCAUGUGGUCGGUCCGCUGCAGCAUAGAGGACCACGACGAUCCACUCGAGCCUAUUAAGCCAUUGAGCCCCCUCAUAACCAACAAGAUCAAAUCCAAAUCGGCCAGGGCUGAAAUCGCCUACGAAAUCACCAGACACAAUGGCAUCCGCUCUCAACCUUUGAUCGACAGGCUGUGCCGGAAGCUGAGAGCCAUGGGCAAUCCCCGCCCCGCUGUAUCGACCGUCGAGAAGCAGUUGUUCAUGUUGAGCAGUGCAUAUAUGACAAAUGUCAUCGAAGCUUUAGGCCCCCUCCUGCAUCUCCCCACCCAGACUACCCUCUGGCCCUCUGCGAGUUCCUUCUACGGAGAUUGGAAGAAGGCCAAGCCCCUGGCGGAGACCAGGUGGCCGAGGAAAGCGACUGACGUCGGUCUCAUGACCAAGGCCUUUGUCCAGCGAAUGAGAAUGGAGUCAGCUUGCAGAGAUCGCCUCACUGGGGCCGGCUCAUACCUCUACGACAUCGGUGGAACACACUGUUCCGCUACGGCCACAUGUUACGAUGACAUCGAAGUGGACGAGCGCGCUGGCCCGACCCAGAGUCAGCUCGAUGUCGUCAGAGGCCUGGUCAUGCCGCCGUUUGGCGCAUACCUCCCGGCGUCCCAGUGGCGCAUCAACGAGAUCGAAAUAAGCACGAAUACGCGGACGAACCUGGGCAGUUCGGUCUCUCGGUCACGGGCUUCUUCGGCUGCCCGCAUUCGUGGCCCUUACCCGAUGAUGAACACUCUGGCGAACCGCGGCUUCCUUCCCCGUGACGGCCGCAACAUCACCCGAGAAAAUGCGAUUCAUGCCCUGGCCGUCAUCGCCAACCCCGAGCCCAACGCGACCUUCUUCACGCUGGAUAACCUCAACCGCCACAAUGUCUUGGAACAUGAUGCCAGCUUGAGCCGCUCUGACGCCUUCUUCGGCAACAACCACGUCUUUAACCAAUCUGUCUUCGACACCUCCACCGUCUACUGGACUACCGACAUCCUCACGCCCAAACAAAUCGCGAACAGCAAGUUGGCACGGCAAGUCACCUCGCGGGCUUACAACCCCGAGUACAUAUUCAAAACGACCACCGAGGAUUUCAGCCUCGGUGAGGUCGCCGCCUCCUUCAUCGCCUUUGGGAAUCUGCAGGAUCCCACCGUCGAGAAGAAACUCGUCACCUACUUCUUCGAGAACGAGCGCCUCCCCAGCGAGCUGGGAUGGACCGAAAAGGAGGCACAGGUCAGCCUGACUGAUAUCAUGAGCGCCACAAACGUCCUCAGGAAUGCUACCAGUCUCUUCACUGGCGCUGGGACUCCACACAAGGUCCGCCGUGAUCUGCACGCCGGCUUCUAG